CUCGUUCCCCUCGACGCCAAUCCAUCGUAUCCGUCAGCCAUCGUCUCAGCAUAUCACCGUCAAUGCCCCCUCGAGGAAGACAUCGUCGCCCGCCACCGGGGCCUAAGCCUGCUGGAGGAGCAGGAGGCAAUGAUAUCACGGGAAAGCGGGCGAGUCAGGCCAAGAAUCAGAGAUACGCUAGGCCGCUACCCGUCGAUGUCGUCACACCCAUUCACGGCAAGCAAAAGGCAAAGCAGCCUACCAGUUGGGCUCAGUGGUUUGCUGCAUGGCUGCCAGGUCUCACCUCCGACGCUGCCACAAGUAGUGCCCACGUCAAAGACGAGCAAGAUGACCUCCUCGUCGGCUACCUCGACCCGACGACACUUUCAGUCUGGGUGCAGGUGACACCACCACACCUCCUGAAAGCAGGCCCUGCGUCCCUCGAAUCUCAAGCACGCAUCGCUUCUCAAACUCGUGCGGCACGCAUACUUUGGGAUGCUGGCUUCUUCGGGAAAGGCUCGCUGAGUCGCUCUGAGCCCACUUGGCGGGCUCGUAAGAUCAAUGAGGAGCGGGUCAAGCUGCAAAGGGAGAGGGGCAUGAAGGCAUAUACGCCCGAGGAGUUGAUCGCAGCCAGGAGAAAAGAGAGACUGCAUGCCAAAAUUGAGAGGGCUAGGCUGGCCGUCAAGGCUGGGCAGCAGUUGCCGGACGGCAUCGUUGCUUUGGGUGGUACGCUGUCUGUGGAAGAGGAAAAGAUCCUCGCGGCGAAAGCAGAGAAGGAGAUGCAAGAAGAGGGGGACGACGGCAAAGAAGUCGAGGAAGAGUACGGCAAGCACAUCCCUGGAUUGAUCUAUCUGGGCCCGAAGAAGGAUGAUGAGGUGCAGAGGGAUCUGACGCCGCAAGAGAAGAAGCGCCUUGAAGAGGAGGAGGCAAAUAUUGAGGUUGAAGAUAUGGAGUACCUACACCUCAGCCCCUAUGAGGUCUUCUUCCUUGCUGGAAUGCUGGGCGUACUUGAUGUACGAACUCAACAGGACGACUCGAUCUCCCUCUCCUCCCUCUACCUGCAGCUACUUGCCUCUCACCUGCCUCUACCCAUCCGUACCCUCAACCCUUCCUCAACCCUCGCCCGGCCGGACAAUCCUUACCUCCUCUCCUACAUCGUCUACCACCACUACCGUUCGCUCGGCUGGUCGGUCAAAUCCGGCAUCAAAUUCUGCGCUGACUUCCUCCUCUACAAGCGUGGGCCCGUCUUCGGCCACGCAGAGUUCGCAGUCGUCGUCGUCCCUGUGUACGAGGAUAAAGAGGACGAAGCGUCCAGUCCCUUCCCUAGACACCCGGCCGGAGGGGAUCGAGAUUGGGUGUGGUUCUCGACUAUGAAUCGCGUCCAGACCCAAGUGCUCAAGACGCUCGUCUUGGCGCAUGUUACGAUUCCAUCCGUCAAGAGACUCGAGAAGGAAGGGAUGGGAGAGGCUCUGUGCACGCCCGAAGGGUUGGUUCAGGGGUUGAAGGACGGGAAGCUGCACAGCGUCACGGAAGUUUCAUUGAGACGGUGGGUUCCGGCGAGGAUGAGGGGGUGACGGGAGAUGGGCGAGGGCGCCAUGACUGGAGACACCGAAUGUUGGGAAGCUUCAUCAUUGUAUCAUGAUAGAACAUUGCAUCAGAACGCCCUCUGCCUCGUUGUAAUCGGGCACCUCUUCGUCUA